AUGGAAAACUCAACCAAAAGCACCACCAAGGAUAUCAUCAAGGGUACCACCAAGGAAGCCACCAAGGGUACCAUAAAGAAGAUUAAGAGGGCUACCAAUUUUACUGCGGAAGAAAUGUCAAAUCUGAUCGACUUAGUUUUAAACCAUCUGGAAAGCAUCGAGAACAAGAAUAACCUUCCCACAGUCUGGAGUGAGAAGGCCAAAGCUUGGAAGACCAUAACGGAGCAGUUCAACUCAAACAAGUCACAUUUACAGAGACCCACCAAAGCCCUAAAGCUUAAAUACGAAAAAAUGAAAUGCAUGUUAAGGAAGAAAAUGCUGCAAAGCAAGACUGAGCCCGUGAGUUAUACGGAUUAUGAGGAGAAAUUGUUGUGCGGCUUACAAGGACCGGAUGAGGAGUCGUACGUGAUAGAGUAUGCCAAUUGUGGUUCACCAACGGAACAACCGGUGUCUGUAGUACCUGGGGAGAACAAGAGGAAACGGAGUGUUGAAUCAACAAGCUCACAUGAAGAAGAGGAAUUAAUAUUAAAUGCCAACAAGAGUAUAAAGUUGGAACCUAUGGAUGAACUGACAGAGUUACAAUUUCAGGAGGCUAAAAUGGAUUUGGAGAUAAAGGAAGCUGAGUUGCGAUUGGUUAGGAAGCAAAUGAGGUACGAAAAGUUGAUGCAUGAAAUAAGGAUGAAAGUAUUGAUUUUUGACCAUGAAGACAAAUGGUAAU